CCUCCAUCCCUCCAUCCUUCCCUCCCUCUAUCCCUCCGUCCAUCCCUCCGUCCUUCCCUCCGUCCAUCCCUGUCUCCAUCCAAGUUUUAGAUUUUACUAAGCAAUAAUCUGGUGUGUGAUCUCUGGUCAGAUUUCUCCUCUCUAACUGAUGACUAGAUCAGCUUUAACAGACCGAGUUUUCCUCUGGUAAGCAGCUUUCAAAACAACCAGCCCAGGAGGGCUAUGUACAUAUUGUGGCAGACGGCAGGGAGAGGUGAGGGGAGUGGUGACUAAAGGGAGAUAUCUUGCAGCCCACUGGCUCCACCCCCAGGCCUUAUAUGGACUUCCUGCCCCAACAAGGCAGGAAGGCCUGUGGAUCAUUAAGCCAUGAAGUGCUUGGGGAUAAAAGAGGAAGCGGGUUGCACAAACAGGGAGAGGACUGAGAGUAAAACCUGUGUUAUGGAGAGUGUGAGAAGAGAGAGAAUUAUCUGUGUGAUUACCCGUUGUGACCUGGACUGUCUGAUUACCCCCAUUGUGUACCGAACCGGUUUGGCUGAGGACCUGAGUUUUAGGAUUACCCCUGGAGAACGGAACGGACAACGAGAGGGGAUUGUGGACUGUGAACUGGCAGCUGAAUUCCCACCUUUCCCACAGUAUGCAAAUCUGGCUAAUAAAUUCCCCAUGUGUAUUCUAGUUGUGCUUUGUGUGCGUGUUUGGUUAUUCAACUUGGUGACGUGGAAACCCCACCCCCUUGAACCUGCUACAUGUGGUGGAGAAUGUGGGCAACCCAACCCAAGUUUAAUAACCAAACAGACACGGAGCACAAUGGAAGCAUUGGUGAAACAGCUGAUGGAGGUGAACAAAGCCCAGCAGGCUAUGCAUCAGGAGCUGCUGGAGGAACAGCGUCAGCAGACCACUCUCCUGCGAGCUGAACUUAGCCAGCUGACAGCCGCCCAGGCUGGCAUGGUGGCAGGCGCAGCAGUCUCUCACCCCAAACCCAGUCAGUUUAUACUGAAGCUGACAGAGGUUGACGACAUCAAGGCUUGCCUUCGAGAGGACGGCGAGUAUGGAGAAAUGGCCCCAUGAGCAACAGGCCAGCCUGCUAGAACCCUUCCUGUCAGGCGCGGCACAGAAGACCUAUCAGGAUCUGACGGUUGGCCAGGCGACGCAUUGUGAGGGGCUGAAAAAGGAAGUCCUGCGCUGGUAAGGUUACACCCUGAUUUGCAGGGCACAAGCAUUCCAUGAUUGGGCGUAAGAUGCUAUAGCUUCCCUCCGAUCGCAAAUGCAUGAUCUAAUUAGGCUGGCCAAGAGCUUGCUAACUGUUGAACCACUGACACUCAAGUCCAUCAAGAAAGUGGUCAUAGAUACAUUUCUACACUCUCACCCUUCCGAAGCUAAAAAGUUAGCAAGCCAAGCUAACCCACAGAGCGCAGAUCAGCUGGUGGAACUGGUGGAAGGACAACAGGUGGCUUUGGAGGUCCUGCACAACCACAGAAGGCGGAACCCUCCACAACCACAAAAGGGCGGAGGACCACGCCAGGACCCCGGCCAAGAAUGGGGGGACACCAACAGCCAGCUACCCGAGAUGACGCCUUUUCCUAAACCUGGACAGCAGGAAGUGCUACGAGUGUGGUGAGCCGGGACACAUCGCCUGGAACUGUCCCAUCCACGAUGUCCCAAUGCCUUCGGCCUCGGCCAGUGAGGUAGCCACCGGGCGUCCCUGCAGCUUGCUGAUGGCAUGCUGGGCUGAGGAGAGUGGUCCUUCCCCUGUCACCCCGGUAAGAGCCAACGGAAAGGACACCAUGGCACUUGUGGAUUCCGGGAGUAUGGUGACCCUGAUCGCAAUGGACCAGGUGGGGCCUCUAGCCAAGAGCAACCAAGGGCACCAAUACAUCCUGGUGAUUCUGGAUUAUGCCACCAAGUACCCGGAAGCCAUUCUCCUGUGCACCAUGGCCACCGAGGAAAUUACAUGUGAGUUAGUCAUGCUGUUCUCCCGAGUAGGCAUCCCUGACGAGAUAUUAACUGACCAGGGAACUCUGUUCAUGUUGCAAAUCAUGAAGGAUCUCUACAAAUGAAUGCAAAUAACCCAGUUGCGCACCUCCGUGUAUCACCCGCUGACUGAUGGGUUAGUGGAAAGAUUCAGUUGAACCCUGAAGUAGAUGCUAAAGAAGGUGAUGAAGGCGGACGGAAAGAAUUGGGACCAGCUGCUACCCUACCUGAUGUUCUCGUUUCGAGAAGUUCCCCAAGCUUCAACAGGAUUCUCUCCCUUUGAACUCCUGUACGGGAGACGACCCCGAGGACUGCUGGACGUGGCUAAAGAAGCCUGGGAACAGCAACCGUCGCCCCACCGAACCAUGGUGGAACACGUGGAAGACAUGAGAGACCGGAUGGCAACCCUGUGGCCCCUGGUACGGGAACACAUGCUGGAAGCCCAAGGGGCCAAACGCGGGUGUACAACAGAGGGGCACAACUAAGAGACUUCCAGACAAAGUGUUGGUGUUGGUCCCCACCUCAGAAUGUAUGUUUUUGGCUCGAUGGAGCCGACUAUACGAAGUCCAUGAAAAGGUGGGUGAAGUUAACUAUAGGGUCAGACAACCGGGACAAAGGCAUCUGACCCAUAUUUACCAUGUGAAUUUAUUAAAGAAAUGGAAUAGACGUGAUGUACUCUACUCUAUUUCCCCGAAGAAGACUACCACAGAGACCAAGCCGGCGGUGGUGCCACUGGGGGAGCAGCUGAGCCAAGCGCAGAAGCAGGAGCUGACGGAGUUGGUUGGCCUGAACCAGGAUGUGUUCUCCAGUGAACCAGGACACACCGAUCUAGUUCAGCACAGCAUCAUCACCGAACCUGAGAAAAAGGUGAAGUUGAGACCCUAACGCAUACCGGAAGCAUGGAGAGAGGCUGCCAGGACCGAGUGAGCAGAGUAUCUGCCAGGCGCGAGCUUCUGUCAUGGUGUAUGAUGACAGCAGUAAGAAAUGGGUUCCCAUUAAGCCAGGCCAGCAGGGCUUCAGCCGCAUCAACAUCUACCACAACACUGCCAACAACACCUUCCGCGUGGUGGGAGUCAAACUACAAGACCAGCAGGUAGAGGUGGUGAUCAACUACUCCAUAGUGAAGGGGCUGAAGUAUAACCAGGCCACGCCCACCUUCCACCAGUGGCGUGAUGCCCGCCAGGUCUACGGACUCAACUUUGCCAGCAAGGAAGAAGCCACCACAUUCUCCAAUGCCAUGCUGUUCGCUCUCAAUGUCCUCAGCACUCAGGACGGAGGCCCAGCAGUCCAGCGCCAAGUCCAGAAUGGGCCCACUACAGACGAGAUGGAGGUGCAGAGAGCAAGACAGGUUAUGGAGCAGCAGCAGAAGCAGGCACACAUGGAGAGGGAACGACGAUCCUCGAACCCAGGUUCUCCUUUCCAAGGCCAUCCUGGUGUGCUUUCUGUAGCCCCCCCAGCUCCCAUGCCUCCCCCCAUGUCCAUGGGUUGUGGCCCCUCCUCUUUAGGUGGAGGACCCCCCUCCCUGGGUGCCUCUAUGCCUCCUCCCCCUCCUGGCCCACCUCCCCCCUCGGAAGGUGCUCCCCCGCCCCCUCUGCCUCCACCGCUGCCCAUGGUUGGAGGCGGACAGGGUGAAGAGGCUCCUGCCCCAACGGGACUCGCCGCCAUGAUCGCUGGAGCCAAACUGCGCCGUGUCAAUAGACCUGAGGACUCUAACUCUUCAGGAUCGGGGACCAAAAACGAAGCCAACCGGACAAGUGGUGGCAGCGGAGGACUGAUGGAGGAGAUGAACGCUCUGCUGGCGCGGAGAAGGAAAGCAGCAUCAGAGAAGCCUGAGGACAACCAAAUCGAUGACCCCAAUAGGUCCCCUUCCCCCGGCAUCAAGGGUGGACAGAACGCCACAGAUGGCGUGAAGAAGCCAUGGGACAGAGCCAACUCUGCAGAGAGGUCAUCACUGGUAUCAAGGGUACGACCUGUGGGGAGCAGCAGCGACACAGAUGCCUUAGACUUUGACAGAAUGAAGCAGGAAAUCUUGGAAGAAGUUGUUCGUGAAUUACACAAGGUGAAGGAUGAGAUCAUUGAUGUCAUUAGACAAGAACUGAGCAGAAUCAGCACGACAUAAUCUGUCAUGUACCUUUUGGAACCAUUGUCCCCACGGCAACCACUGCUGUGUCUGAGGAGGCAAGGAGAGGAUCGAGGCCCGAACUACAACCAUUUAUUUAUUCACGUUGCUGUGAUGUUAAAGCAACGUGACAAUGUUGCUGUAACACUACAGGAACAGUUUGUUUACGUUCCGUUUGGAAGAAUGGGAUGGAUGGAGGACACUCUCGCACUGAUUUUUUCACUUUCUCUGGUCUUGUUUUUCUCUUUUUUUCUUUCUCUAUCUGUCCAUCGGUAACCAAUGUUUACUGUUCUGUUUCCCGUCUUAAAGGAAACAAUUAUGAAAUUCAAUUAAGUAACAUCUUGGUUUUCUAGGAGUUUUUAUUUAUAAAAUGUUUGUUUGACAUUAUUAUUACUAUCAUUGUCAUUAAUAUGACUAUUAUUUAUAUUAUUGUAGAUGUAAUGGUGUGAAUAUAAGUAGUAGCAGUUUUAGUGACGACAAUAGUAACAAAAUUAUUAUUAUAAUGACACUGAUGAUAAUCAUUUUAUGUCAGCCUUUUAUAUUUUAUAUUGUAAUUUUUUUCUCUUUUGAUUUUGUUUUAAAAUACAAUUAUAAGCACAUACGGAUUUAUUUCUCAUGACCUGACCUCAACAUUUUUAAAGAGUUUUGUAUCCUUUUUCGCCAAACACAAUUGUGUGUGUGUGUAAUCACUGACUGAAAUAUUUUUUAAAACAGGUCUUGAACCUGAAAGAGAGGGUGGUAUAUAAACUAUUGCUCUUUGGAUAUUGCAAUCUUAUGAACAAAAAAAGAAUAAUACACCACAGUAUUUGUGAUCAUGUUGUUAAUAAAAUGUUUAUUGGCUGCAACGAUAUGGUGAAGUAUUGUUUGUUUUAUUAUUUCCUUUUAUGACCAAGUGCUUCCUGGUAAAAAAAAUAUGUUAUAUAUAUACACACACUAAAAUGAUUUCAAAUAAAACUGUGAACAAUGUCUUGGAAAAAUGAAGUGA